AUGCAUACAUUCAUGUACGUGAGACUGAAAAAUGAACAAGCAAUCUCCAGCUUUAGGGAACUCCGUGAACUUCAAGCACAAAACCAGGAACAACAUGUCCAGGAUGACAUGGACGUCGCCAAACGAGAUCUCACAGCAGCGCUGCACGAUGUCCGUCAGCAGUAUGAGAAUGUGGCUGCUAAGAAUCUGCAGGAAUGCGAAGAAUGGUACAAAUCCAAGUUUGCUGACCUGUCUGAAGUUGCUUAUCGCAACAAUGAGGCCUUGCAUCAAGCUAAGCAGUAAACUAACGAAUACCGCAGACAGAUCCAAGUCCUUACCUGUGCCUUAGAGGUCAUUGUUUUGCAGAAUGAGUCUUAUGAACGCCAAAUGCGUGAAAUGGAAGAGAACUUCACCCUUGAAGCUGCUAACUACCAAGACACUAUUAACCACCUGCAAGACGAGAUUCAGAACAUGAAGGAGGAGAUGGCACAUCACCGGCGCCAGUCCCAGGAACGGCUGAACGUGAACAUGGCGCUUGAUAUUGAAAUUGCAACCUACAGAAAACUGUUGGAAGGAGAGGAGAGCAGAAUUUCCAUUCCUGUACAUUCUUUCUCUAACAUGAGCUUGAGAGAAACUAACCUGGACUCUCACCCAGUAUCAGAAUCCCACUCCGAAAGAACACUUCUGAUCAAGACUGUGGAGACCACGGAUGAUCAGGUCAUCGAUGAAAGUUCCAAGGAGCAGGAUGAUUAUCAGGACUAA